AUGGUAUCACUGGCAAAGAACAAAAGACGAAACAUCCAUUACCCACCGGAGACUUCCAGCAUCAUGCUGCUGGCGAGGAUGGUAGCCACCGUCAAACAGGCGAAGGACAAGGACUGGUGGAUAAAGCUUUUCUCUCAGUUCUGCAGCAAAACGGCCAACGAAGAAGAGGAGAUCGUCCACAAGCUGCUGGGGGACAAAUUUAAGGGCCAGCUAGAGCUCCUCCGGCGGCUCUUCACGGAAGCCCUUUACGAAGAACAUCUCAGCAGGUGGUUUACUCCAGAAGGGUUCCGAUCGCUGUUUGCCCUGGUUGGGACCAAUGGCCAAGGCAUAGGAACAAGUUCCCUGAGCCAGUGGGUCCAUGCCUGCGAUGCGUUAGAGCUUCCCCCGCACGAACGAGAGCAGCUAGAUGCCUUCAUAGACCAACUCUAUAAGGAUAUCGAGAAAGAGACUGGAGAGUUCUUGAACUGCGAGGGAUCCGGCCUGUACGUGCUCCAGAGCUGCUGUAACCACAGCUGCAUCCCCAACGCUGAGACGUCCUUCCCGGAUAACAACUUCCUCCUGCACCUCAUCGCCCUGGAGGAGAUCAAGCCGGGCGAGGAAAUCUGCAUUAGCUAUUUAGACUGCUGCCAGCGGGAGCGGAGCAGACACAGCCGCCACAAGAUACUCAGGGAACACUACCUGUUCACCUGCUCCUGCCCCAAGUGCCUGGCUCAAGCCGACGACGCCAACCUGACUUCGGAGGAGGAGGAGGAGCUGGAGGGCGAAGGAGAGACGGACGACGCGGAGCUAGAGGAUGAGAUGACGGACGUUUGAUCCUGGGCCUGGGGAUGGGGUUCGGCUUUGUACCGGAGACGGGACCGCGGGGAGGGACUGUGCCUGUGUCGGCCAGGGCUGGCGCGGCGGCAGGGAGAGAGCAUGUUAAGGUUUGGCUAGGUUGGGCAGUGGAGGAAGCAGGGAUCUUCCCUGCUCCUCAGCAUCCUUCUGGGGGAGUGUGUCUGUGGUCCCGGGGUCCCCUCUCUCUAGGUAAUGGCUCCACUUGUCCCAACCACUCAGAUAUCCGCCCACACAGACAUCGCCUUGGUCUUGUUUGUAUCUGAUCCUGCACACAGAGCAAUACGCUGGGGGGGAGGGGAGACGAUGCAUGCAGGGAAAGUCCCCGGCUCGUCUGAGCACAGCGCACAAACCUUAACGCUACCCUUGUUCCUGACGCUGGGCAAACAACCAGCUACGUUGGGGCUUCCUCCGGUGUCAAUAUCUAAGUGAUCUGAGAACUUGGAGAGCGGAGUCCGGGGGGAUUUGGGCAUGUGAUUUCCUCGGGGCUGUGGAGGGGGGAGAACAGAGGUUUAACCUGGUGGAGACAGUGGCUGUGCAAAGAGGUUGUGGUCUCAUGGACUCGGCACGAGACUGAGAGCCAGGACUCCUGGGUUCUAGUCCCUGCUCUAUUGCUGACUUGUGGUGUGAGCAAGUCACUUACUCUUGCUGUCUCUCAGGUUUAAAAUUGUGGGGGGGG